UUGCAAUCGCAAGGGCCAAGUCAAAUCGGUCGUAUCUAUUGGUCUAGUAGAUUUUUGGAAAAUUGGUUUUAAUAGUUAAUUUUUUUGGUUUUGGAAACAGAGGAAGGAAUAUUGAAACUUAAAUCAUUUUUUUUUGUUAACCUCGAUAUUUCUUUUUGGGUAAAAACGGAUAGCCAGAAAAGAUCACUGUCAUAACUGACGUCAGAGACUACACGUCCACGUUCGCGAGAUUGUGAAAGAAAAAUCCUCCCAAUUUUACUCGCUUUGCUUUCGUGUCGCCAGUUCGCUCGAGCUAUUGUACCGAAUAAAAGUUGCGAUAGCAUUAAAUUAUUUUUUUUGGAUAUUUGGUGUAAACAUGGCUCAAUAAAAAUGUAUAUCUUUAAAACAAGUCUAUUCCGGCAAACUCGCUGCCUCCGCGGAGACAAUAUUUAUUGCGCAUCAUCAUUACCCCCGCAUAUUUAUUUUUAUAUCAAUAAUAACAAAAACAAUGGACAACAACAAGAAGCAUCAAAAUUAUUCAAGGUCUGGGAAUACGAAACCGUCGAGUUCAGGGACUGAUUCCAACCGUCAAAAAUCGUCAGAACUACAGUCGACCAAGUAUUUCCCCAAAAACUCCAGACGCAGAGAACCCCCACAAACUUCUGCCCGCAACAAUAGCAGUCAUAACAACAACCAGCAGCAACAAUCAUCGUCUGCUAAAGUUCGCCCAUAUGUGGAUAAGCGUCCUCGGGCCAGAGGCUACAAUGGCAACAACAACGGACUUAGCGUUCCCCUCAAUGAUUACGCUGUUGCCGGCUCCUCCGGACUAGAGCUAGAGGGUCCAAUGAUCAAUGCUUCUGGCGAAGUAGCAGGUCAUGAAUCAAAGUUCAAAUAUGAAUUCAAUUCUGUUUACUCGAAUGGCUGCAGGAAACAGAAUUUGAAUCACUUGCUUAAUUUCUAUUAUACGCCACGAGACGUGGAUAACUAUGAUGGAGUUGGAGGAAAUAAUAGCGCAUUAGGUGCUUACAAUGGCGCCUAUGGCGGACAGCGAUAUGGCCACAAUAAAAAACAUAAAUACAAUAAAGAACAAUUUCUCCAGGCAAACUUUCAAUUUGUAAUUAAGACGUCGGCGAAACGCAAAACGAAUGACUCUCCUGACACUCUCAUUGACUGGGCAUUGAUUGAACAAAUUAAUUUACAAACCCCUGAAGAGCCACAAUGUCCAAUCUGCUUGUAUCCUCCUAGCGCCGCAAAAGUCACUCGUUGCGGUCAUGUGUAUUGCUGGCCCUGUGUUUUACACUAUCUUUCGCUGAGCGAUAAAUCAUGGCGGAAAUGUCCUAUAUGCUACGAUGCCGUCCACGUCGGAGAUUUAAAAAGUGCUUCAAUAGUGCAACAAAAAUCUUUUAACGUUGGAUUAAAUAUAAGAUUCCAGUUGAUGCGUCGCAAAAAAGGCUCUUUACAAAUUGAAAGAUAUGAAAGUUGGAGGAAAGAUGGAAAUGCUGAAAAGUAUCCAUAUGUGUCUAGUCCUGUUGAGGAUAAAAUAUUCUCUAAGUUUAUUCUUGCAAAACGCGGCGAUAUUAUAGACAUUGUCGCCAGAGAACGACAAGAGCUACUAAACGACGUAGAUGCAUCCUGCCCUGAAUUUGUGUUUGUUCAGCAGGCCAUAGAGUUGCUAAACGAACGUUUAGAGAAAUUAGGAGAACACGAUACGAAGGACGAUGAAAACCAAUUAGCAAAUAAAGAAAUGCUAAAUAACAACGUCGGAGAAAUAACAACCAACUAUGGUAAUAAUGAACAACUUCUAGGUAAAGAACAACUUCUAGGAAAUAAUGAAGAGAGCCAAACUAUUUCAACUGUCUUGGAAUACAAAAGCGAAGAAAAUGCCUCCGAUGAAAUAAACAUAAAACUUCAACCAUCUGGGAAAUAUUAUUAUUUCUACCAAGCUGAUGACGGACAAAACAUUUUCUUACACCCAUUAAAUGUUAAAAUGCUUCAAGCUGCUUAUGGCAGUUUGUCGGAAGCACCUCCUUUGAUUGAAGCACGUAUUUUACAAAAAGAACAACAUUCGAUGGAUGACGAGCACCGUCGUAAGUUCACAUGUUUGGGUCAUUUGCCUUUGACAUGCCAAUUUUCUGUGGUAGAAAUUGAACUUCUUCCACCAUAUAUCAGCGACGACGUAGUCAAUGCUUUUAAAGCAGAUAUAGUACACCGUAAAAAAGAACGGCAGCGUAGAGCUAGAGAAGAACGCGAAAGGGAAAGGCACAUUAACGAAAUAAAUGAUCGACAAAUGGGCAAGCUUAUAUCAAGUACGGCUAACAUAAACCUAACUUCAUCCUAUGAAUUUCCAACAUGUGGAUUUGAAGAGUCAUUGCCCGCUACCGAUCAGUCUGACGAUGUUCCCUCGACCUCAAAGGGAACUCGCACGAAAACUGUUAGCACGAGUAGUGCAGGCAGUUGUAGCUACUCGUCCAUUGCUAUCAACUGUCAGCAAGGAAAUGGUCCAUGGAAAACUACUCAAAAACAAUUACCAAGUGCUAACUUAGUAAUGCGUGAGGCAGAACAAGAUGAGGAGCAUUCUAUUUUAAGCAGUAUACACACUAAUUUUGGUGAUGUAUUAGCUGAAGCAUUAUCUCAAAAGAAAUUGUCGGGAAAUUCUUCUGAAAAAACUGCUGGCAAGAAGUCAUCGAAGAAAUCGAAAAAAAUGCUUCCUUUAUAUUCCACUGGCAUGAAUUUCGCCAAGUGAAUUCACAUUUUUUACUGGUUUUGGCAGAAAAUGUUUGAUGUUUGUCCCUAAUUAAUAUUUCUCUACGAGUUUCUUCUAUUGUAUUGAAUGCAUACGGAAGUAAACAUAAAAAUACUAACACUAUAACUAUUCAUUUAUGAAAAUAGAAACAAUAAAAAUUGGUAUAGUAAAAACA